GUGAAAAAAACGAUUUAAUACAUUUUAGAGUAAGGCUGAAACAUAACAAAAUGUGGGAAACGUCAAGGGGUCUGAAUACUUUCUGAAUGCACUGUAUUUCCAAUAAAAUGGUAGAUAUACACUCAGCAGCCAGUUUAUUAGGUACACCACUAGAGAAAGUGAGUCACGUGGCUAUGGCUCGCUACAGUAUAUAAAGCAGGCAGACAGGCAUCGAUGAAUUCAGUUACUGUUCGAUUGAACGUUACAAUGGGCAAAACGAGGUACCCAAAAUGAAUGAUCGUCGGUGCCAGGUGCGCCGGAUCCAGUACCUCAGAAACAGCCACUCUCCUGGGCUUCUCAAGCACAAUGAUGUCCAGGGUUGAUCGAGAAUGGUGAAGAAAAAAAAGAAAAAAAUCCAGUGGCAGUCCUGUGGGCGAAAACAGCUAGCUGAUGAGAGGUCGAAAGAGAAUGGCAAGCUAACAGGUGGGCCACAAACAGACAAAUAAUGGCACAGUUCAACAGUGAGAAUAGUUUGACAAACAACGGCAUCUCGGAAUGCACAACUCAUCGAUCCUUGUCCCGGAUGGGCUAUUGCAGCAGACGACAACACCGGGUUCCACUCCUAUCAGCUAAAACAAGAAGAAGCAGGUCCAGUGGGCACGCGAUCACAAACACGGGACAAUUGAGGCAUGGAAAAACAUUGCCUGGAACAUGACAGUGAGUUCAGUUUACUUAAGUGGACUGGACAGUCCCCAGACCUCAACCCAAUGGAACAUCUUUGGGAUGACAUGGAACGGGCUGUUCGCAGCAUGAAUGUGCCAUUGACCAAUCUGCAGCAACUGCGUGAUGCCAAAGCCUCAGAAUGGACCAACCUCCCUGUGGAACGUUUCCGAAACCUUGUAGAAUGCCCCGAAGAAUUCAGGAUGUUCUGUAGGCAAAGGAGUGUUCAACCUGGUACUAGAUGGGUGUACUUAAUGAACUAUGUAGAUGUAAGGCAUUGAAGCCAUCAGUCGGCCACCUACUGUAGCUGGUCAGCUAUAGUGAUUACUUUAUUAGGAGAGAUUGCUGGUAUUCAUAGGAUUCUUGUUUUGUUUAUAAAUUACGACACACAAAACCAAUGUGAAUAACACUUUAGAAAUAUGUUUAUAUACUUCAUCAUUGUUAAAACAACAAAAACAAAAUGAUGGUCUGUUUUUUUUAUGUGUCUGGUUUAGAAGGAACCACAUCAGAAUGGCAGGAGUGUACAUUAAAACAGGAGUGUUGGCAGGAGUGCACAUUAAAACAGUACAUAGCAGGAAGUCGGGGUCUGGUGUCAACGGCAGAAGCAAAAUUUUUUUUUUGCAUGUGUUAUACAAAAUAAGAUGUUUUAGGGAGAAGCCUUUCAAUAAAAAGGAAUAAAAUAACGUUUUCUAUAAAUGUUGUCCAACACUAUUAAAAUAAACUUCAAUAACUGAACAAUUAUAUAAAGUGGUCGAUAGGGAGAAUUAUACGUGGAAAAUGUCACAUGUAAAAAAAAUGAAAAGUAAUGAGCUUGGCAGCUGGUUAGAUCUUUACCCAUUUCAAACAUGAGAUGGCAGCCGUUACCAACACAUUCGCUCUUCUUGCCUAGGGUCUAACGCCAAGGGCUGCAUGUUUUGUAUUCAAUUCGCACAAUGUCUACAUAUGAAAAGCUGAUGACAGAUCAGAUCUGAAUUACUUUAGUAUGUGUUAAAUACAACUUGAAGACAUGCAGAACCUAGACCAGUGGUCUAUGAUACUAUGAGCGGGAGGUAAUGCGGUUGAAACGUGAGAGGAGAUUCAGCAGGAAGCGAAUCGUGACUGCAAAUUGUGCACACAGAUCACCAACCACCGGCGAGGAUGGAAGAUUGACAAUUUAAAAGAAUAGGGAGGACAACCGAAAGAGACAUUCAUCACCUGUCAAGAAAAAAUGACAAGUGUGACAAUGACAACGUCAGAACGUGUAUUUUGCAGGUAGCCAGCCACGAUGCUAGCAUAGCUUGCUAUCUAUCUGUCUGGGGACUGACAGCGAGGUCACAGGGCUGCGGAGAACUCGGAAAAUGUUUAUCGUUUUUGGUGUACUUCUCCUGUAAUUUUUCGACCUCGCCUUAAAAUUUUUGCGCGCUAGAUAAUAGGUAGCUAGCAAGGUUCUCUCAGUAGCAAGCGAUCUAGCUGUUGUGCGUAAAAUACUGUAUAUAGACAGGGAAAUACGACCACCGGGUGGCUUGUAACUACAGCAACCAAGUGACUGACAGCCUGUCAAAAGCUUUGACGUUAAUGUAUUUGAACGGGGAUGCAUUUUUACGGUCAGAUUUGGUCCAGUUAGACUCUAUUUAAUACAACGUCAGCAGCUAUAAAUUUCAAGUUUUCGAAGGAAAUGUGAGGAAGAUGCUAAUAAAGUUAGUUAGCUAGAAGCAGAUCUAAAGUUAGCUAGCUACAGUAACUGUGAAACACAUUUCAUUGGUUAUUUUUCCACGUGAGAAAAUGAAGAGAACCGAAAAUAAAAACAAAAGAAAACUAAUUCCGGACCAGCAAGAACGAACCGGAACAGCAGAGAAAGAUGAGUUUGCUGCGCCCCCGCCCCUGUUGUUCAGAAAGUUGAGUAACCCUGACUUGUCCCCCGCCGCCAACAAGACCAAACUGCACCGACAGCUCAGCCAGGAUGAUGGCCGCACACGCCGUAGCAGUAUGGCUAUGACCGGUAAGCAGCAGCUUCUUCCCCUGUCCAGCAGUAUGCACGGUCGGGUGAGUCAGCUAGCCUGGCAUCUUCCUGUAGAACCCCCCAACAACCUGGUCCGCAUGAGGAACCAGUCCCUGGGCCAGUCUGCACCAUCACUCACUGCAGGACUGGUCAUGCUGGCACUAUGAAGACAUCCAUUGUCAACAGUAUCAUUUGCUGGCAUUGGAAAAUUACACAAACUUAAGACCUCAUUAAAAUACCUUUUUGUUUUACGUUGUGUUUCACUUUGAAGACGCUGAGGGUUGAAGACGCUGAGGCCCCUAGUAAAGUAGACAGUUGACAUGGGCUAUAAUCUGUAGUGAUGCCUUCUCAACAUGGCUUCUCAUGUUUAACUCUCUCAUGUUUAACUCUGAAAAGAAGGAAGCCUGUACAGAAUAAAAAAUAUUCCAAAACAUG